UAAAGUUGUGAAGCCACACCCUCCGCUGGCUGUUAGCAAACACGUAGAAGCGCUCCGGACUCCUCCGAAGGGAAUAUUUCACUAAACCCUAUAUGUGUUUUUUUAAUCAGUUUUAUCCGUUUCGUGACAAGCAGGGCACGGACGCGUACGACUCCUCACAGGACCCCCCCUCCAACUACCACCGUGAUGAUGAUGAUGAUGAUGCUCCACUAGAUGUGCUUUGAAAAGAUAAGGACAGACAUGUUUGGGCUACAACGUUUAUUGUUGUUGUUUACUGUGGAAAAACGGAUGGCUGAAGGUGGGAUUUCCGUUAAGUUUUGAUCACUUUGAGGAAAAAAAGAAAAAUGGUCACCUCUAAAAGUUAUCGUCAAAGACUGGACUGAAUGCUCCCUUUCCUGCCAUUCUUCUCUCCACUUCCGGUCUGUGGUGGCCACUGCUCUUAAUGGCUAAAAAUACUUUUUAAAAAAAGUUUCCAGUGAGCUAGCAAAGGCUAGAUGAACUUUUGUCGCUUUGGUGCGUAAUUGUGUUCAGCAGGUGCCAAUUGGCCGAGCUAAUGCCCUCAUGAUGAGGUUAUUCAACAGUCUGCAAAGUACAGGCUGCUGAGAUUACAUUGUGCUCUAACCAUGCGUUGGGAAACCACACGCUGCAUGUCUGCAAACCACAGCAAUCGGAAUCUGUCCUAAUCCAUACUGCCCCAAAUCUGCACCAGCGCCACCCCCCCUCCCCACCCCCAUCCCACCAUGCUGCAUCAAUUGAAUCCAUUAACCCUGCUGCAGAUCGUCCGUCGCCUGCGAACCGGUGAACAUUUCAUUCAUCCCUGAUGAGCCAACAAGGCGGGCAGGAAAGGGAGCUCGGUGCAAUAAAGUACUCCUUUGUACUUUAUUUUCAAACCCGUGGGCCGUAGACUCAGAUCCAGUCAAAGCAACCGCCAUGGAGCCGCUGAAGAACAUAUUCAGCCGAGGCCCGUUGUCCAGCUGGAAGAACUUGGAUCAGUCGCAGAAAGGCAGCUUUGCCAACCCCAUGUGGACAGCCUUGUUUGAUUACGAGGCGUCCUGCAAGGAUGAGCUCACCCUGCGCAAGGGCGACCUGGUGGAGGUGCUCUCAUUAGACUCUGAGAUAUCCGGGGAUGAAGGUUGGUGGGCGGGUAAGGUGAACAACAAGGUGGGCAUCUUCCCCUCCAACUACGGCUCCUUCAAACCCAGCGGCUACGGGAAGCUGCCAGGCAGUGGUGUGGUCGGGGAGCUGGGCGAGUUGGAGCCGGAGGUGGUGAACUUUCGCGAGCUCAGCCUGGAGGAGGUCAUUGGGGUGGGCGGUUUCGGGAAAGUGUACCGUGGCACGUGGCGAGGCGGUCUGGUGGCGGUUAAGGCCGCCCGACAGGACCCGGACGAGGACAUCAGCGUGACGGCACAGAACGUCAGACAGGAGGCGCGUCUCUUCGCCAUGCUCACCCACCCCAAUAUCAUCACCCUAAAGGGCGUCUGCCUGCAGGAGCCCAACCUGUGCCUCAUCAUGGAGUACGCCUCCGGCGGGCCGUUGAGCCGGGCGCUGGCCGGCCGACGCAUACCCCCUCACGUCCUCGUCAACUGGGCCGUGCAGAUUGCUCGGGGGAUGCUGUACUUACACAGUGAGGCCAUCGUCCCCGUCAUUCACCGAGACCUCAAGUCCAACAACAUCCUUCUGGCCCAGCCUAUCGAGAACGAAUGCAUGGAGGGACUGACACUGAAGAUUACCGACUUCGGCCUGGCCAGGGAGUGGCACAAAACCACCAAGAUGAGCACGGCCGGCACCUACGCCUGGAUGGCCCCCGAGGUCAUCAAGUCCUCCACCUUCUCCAAGGGCAGCGACGUCUGGAGUUACGGUGUUCUGCUGUGGGAGCUGCUGACAGGUGAGGCGCCCUACAGAGGCAUCGACGGGCUUGCCGUGGCCUACGGCGUUGCCGUCAACAAACUCACCCUGCCCAUUCCCUCCACGUGCCCUGAACCCUUCGCUCAGCUCAUGUCAGAGUGCUGGGACCAGGACCCCCAUCACAGACCCAACUUUGGCUCCAUCCUGGCCCAGCUGACUGCCUUGGAGCAGCAGGUGAUGGAGGAGAUGCCGCAGGACUCCUUCCACUCCCUGCAGGAAGACUGGAAGCUGGAGAUUCAGGACAUGUUUGAUGAGCUACGUGCUAAGGAAAAGGAGCUGCGCUGCCGCGAGGAGGAACUGAAGCGGGCGGCGCUGGAGCAGAAGUCCCACGAGGAGUUCCUGCGCCAGCGUGAGCAGCAGCUGGCCCAGUGGGAACAGGACGUGUUCGAGCGCGAGCUCAGCCUCCUCAUCCUGCACCUCAACCAGAACCAGGAGAAACCCAACGUCAAGAAGCGCAAGGGCACCUUCAAGAAGCACAAGCUCAAAUGCAAGAAUGGCGAGAAGAUCAGCAUGCCCCAAGAUUUCAUCCACAAAAUCACAGUGCAGGCAUCACCAGGCCUGGAGAAGAGGCGAAACUCACCCGACUUGGGCUCAGGCUCGUCAUCCUCCUUUGGCCCACGUUUCCGUGCAAUCCAACUUAGUCCCUGUGACAGCAACAGGACGUUCGGUCUGAGCUCCGUGUGGCCCCUUGAGGCGCCCUCUCAGAAGCAGGCCAAUGGAGAUCUGAGGCUGAGUCCCCACUGGAGGCCCCAGAGCCCCAAAAGCCCCAAGAGCCCCAAAGUCCUGCGCCUGAGCCCUCAGGAGAGCAGUCUGUCCAUGAGAGCCAAGCUGCUGGUGUCUGACAGCAACGAGAAUGGAGAAUCCAAGGAUGACUUUGAGGAAUACAGACCCCCCACACUGACCCAUUCCCCGGCUCACAAUGGCUCCUCAGGGAAGGACAGCCUGCGGCUUCCUCUUCCACAAGGAGACUCAGGCAGUGAGGAGGGGUGUGCCUCUCCAGCCAGCUCUCCCGAUCGGGGUCCUCCUUGCCUGAUUAAGAGCACCCACCGGGCCCUGCUCAGCAGCGGCUCUCUCUUAGCCUCCAUUGGCUUGGGUUGCUGCUUGGAUGUCUCUCCGAAAGUCCCCCCUCGGACUAAUCCACCCUCCCUGGAGGAGUGCGAGCCCUCCGAUGUGGAGAGCUCACCUACAAAGCCCCUCAUUCCGGAACCCCCCGUCGUGGAUGACCUUAUCACCUUCUCCACCUCUGAUCCACUUCCCAAACCACUUUUGGAUUUAGCCCUGCACUGUCAAGAACUGAGGCCGCUGCCCCCACCUAACCCUCGCGAGAGGGGUGACCACAGGACGCAGCACGCGCCCCCCGGACCCCAGGGUGUUGUCAGGGACGCGAGCCCCAUGGAGCAGAACUGCAGCGUCCAGUCGAGCAAUGGGGAUGUGGGAUGUGAUGGCUUGGAGCACAGAGGCGACCGGAGGAGGAGGUCCUGUGAAGGUCUGCAUGGCACUCAGCUUGUUCUGGAUCUGCCCCUUUGUCAAGACAUUCAGGACUCUGACAAAAAACCCUCAAUGCCCUAUUCUCUGCACCCUAACCCCGCCCUCUGGAGUCCCAAAACCCGCCGCCUGGAGGUGAGCGUUAUCCCCCGCCCUCGCCCCUCACCCAUACGGCACCGCAUCGACCCGUGGAGUUUCAUCUCAGCCGGUGGCGGGGGUUCCACUGUCAGUCGUUCGGACAGCGUACCUCUAGGGUACCAGCCCUCCCCAACCAACCCCUUCACCAAUUGCCACCCCUUCCCCUCGCCGGACUGCGACCCCUUCACCCUCCGUGCCGACCCUUCUGGCACCUUGGACAGAGCAUCGCUCUUUGACCCAUUCUCAACGCCGUUCCCCACCUCGCGCUCGGCACCGUGCUCUGCUAACGGUUCCCCCACGCUGCCAUCGUUCCGCAUUGCGCCGCUCAACCCGGCCGACUCGCCGCUCAUCGACCUGGGCUGGGUGGCAUGCAGCAAGCCCCUGGAUGGAACCAAAGAGAGAGCCCACCCUCGAAGGACUCUAGGGCUCAAACCUUUCAAGUCCCCAACACAGCUCAGAGACGACAGGUUCUAAGGUCCACAAGGAGCCUUUUAUCGAAGGUCUCCAACAUUUUAACAUGGAAUCCUUCAUCCAUUCCGCUGAGGCCUGCUGCUUUGGAACGCUGAAUCUUUCCAUGGGAUAGUGGCAUAGCCGGCUGUGAAGCAAGAACUCAUUCCCUCUUUUUGUGUUUCUUUUGGACACCCAUCAGUCUUCCGGUCUCUGCCAGCAAAAAUACAGAGGUGGAUCAGGCCACCCCUGACCUACCUCUGUGCUGACCGAAAGUAAUCAGGACAUUUUGGAGUGCCUUGUUUUGUCACGUGUACAUUUGCAUCCAUGUGGUGUGCAGGAAAGACGCUUGGAAUUUCUCUCUGAAACACAAAACACGUCCAGCUUCAGCUUCCACCAGCUGUGUUGUGGGAAAAAGAAAAAGGAAAUAACAUUCCGGCACAAUGCCCAGGAUUGGACAUUGAAUGUGUCAUAAUACGCCCGACGAGGUGAAAUCACACUUCCUAUGCCAAAGAGAGCCUCUGUGACAAGUCUUAUGUCUUAAACCACUCAACAUACGUUAAUCAUUGAUUAAUAGGCACCUCUAGGGAUGGGCACGAAAGCAGCAUUUUAAAACUGCAGGACCUCACUCAAUAUCGCAGUACGACCCAUUUCCAUGUAAUGUAAACCACGACCCCUUAAAUGACACCACCCAUCUAUUUUCUAUGCCGCUUACCCUCAUUAGGGUUGCGGGGUAUGCUGGAGCCUAUCCCAAGUAUCAUUAGUCAAAAGAAUUGCAAAGUUAUAUAGUUAUAUGUAGUAUUCUGGUCACUAGGUGUCAGUAAUGUUACUUUGAUGAGACAUGACGUUAUAGUACAUUACCUUCACACUCCAUGCAGUCAGCCAUGCUGUGGCCAACAUGAUAGAGUGGGGAAAAGGUUAUCCUCCAGUACCGUGUGGAAGUGGUACAAUUUUGUCCUUCUUCAACGCCUCUUUUUGAAACACUUCCUUAAAGGGGAACUGCACUUUUUCAAAAAUUUUGGUCAUUAUUUAUUGUCCUUGUGUGAAACAUGAACACGCAUUUAUUUCACUUUCACCAGAAAACAAAUUAAUAUGAUCUAGCUAACAAUGCACGUCACACCUAGACUACAGAGCCUCUAUCAUAUAUAUAUAUUAUAUUAUUAUAAUAUAUAAUAUAAUAUUAUAUUAUAUAUAUAUAAUAAAACCCUCUAUCAACGUUUUAUCGUUAUAUAUUCCUGCUGUGAUCAUGUGUUAUUCCACCAGAAAUGUACUCCGCAUUAGGUCCUACAAUAUCGCUGUAGCUAUAUCAAAAUACAGGCCAGUUAUGGAAAUUGAGUUUCUUAGAAAGUUUUUUGUUAGGACUUGAGUGUCAAAGUGUCUCAAUAACAUGCAUUUUAGCUAGCUCAUAUUAACUUGUUUUCUGGUGUUAUGAUGUGCAGAAAAAGGAAAUGAAUACGUGUUCAUGUCUCUCACAAUGAUUGUGAAUAAUAGGCAAAAUUCCCAAAAGUGCACUUCCCCUUUAAGUUGAGCCUAAAUUGGAGGCGAACUCGAGGUAAAUUAGCUUGGUAGCUUGCUAUAUGGUGUGAGAGGUUAUGUUCCUGCAGUGAUCAGGUAGUAUAAACAAAGAGUAAUAGGCACAUAAAGGUGACAACAGGGUUGUUGUUUCAUACCUACAGGGCUCUAAUACUGUUUAAAACUGCCAUAAACAGGUUUUCUACACUACAAAAACAUUCCGUAUUAAUAUCGAAUUCUACUUUGCUGAAAUUUACUUACCGCAGUCAGGUUUGGAACCAAUUAACCGCAAUAAAUGAGGGACGAUUGUUGGUGGGGGAAAAAUUCUUUGAAUAAUUGGUUAUUUUUGAUGGUUAAAAAAUGAGUUUCCUCAUUUAUUCCAAGAGUUGUUUUAACCAUUAGUUAGCGCCUCUGCUUGUAGCGGCUAACUCAUACGCUUCACUUGCUUUCAGACACGAUAUCGAUUCAUCAAUUCCACUGGAUUAAUAAUGAUGGCCAUUCCUAGUUCGAGGUGGGCUAGUGAAGUCGUCUGGAUUUGCAUGGCAGGAAUAAAUGCAUUCCGUUCUGGAAGGAGGUGGUAUUCUCAUGAAAAUAUCGCUUCGUACACCAAAGAGAGCUUCUGUGACAAUGAAAGUCUUCAAUCUUCAAUAGAAAUUUUGUGCGUACACUUUCCGCCAUUUUGUUUUUGGCAAAUGUUGGUGCAAAAGCUUUAACGCGAAAGUAAAUGCUAAGUUGGCAUUCUGCUAAUUACAUGCUCGCACUGUCAAAUGACCAGCUACUUCCCAAACUUCUUCCCAAUUAUGCAAUUCAGCCAGUUAGCGUUGCAUUAAUCUUAACCGUUAAGCACAUUCUGGAAUCAACCAUGUGGAAAAAAUGUAUUUUCUCCAACUUGAAUUUGAAUAAUAAGACUUUAACACGGUGUCAACAGCAGCGUUGCACUCGGUUGCUUUAGGAUGUGAUGAAUGAAAUCAACUGGACUAAUGGAUCUUCGUGCCCAUCCCUAGUUGAAAGUGGUGUCUGGUUUAGAAAGGCCUGAGUCGUCUUACUAGUUGUUGGGAGAUUCCAUUUGCAAUGAUGCCAUGUCAUGCCUCGUCUUUUCCAGUAAUGAGUACAGGUCGAGCAGCUGAAAGAGACCCUCUAAAUCAACCAAAAACAACAACAUGAAUGGCGACAUACUGCGUCACUGGAGGACAUUGGUGAGCUUUGUUCCAAUGAAGAGCGAAAAACUGCUGGGAUUUGCCUGAUGGGGAUAGAGGCUACCGUUAUUGUCAUUGUUUUUAUUUCAAUCCAGUUUCUGCUCGUUGUCUCAAUAUGCAGUGCAUUUUUGGGGAAUGGACACAAAGAUCUACCCCAAGAUUUUGGGACAAGCCAACCCUGAAGGUUGUACUUGGGUCAGGGUUUUGAGCUACGGCUACAAGUUAGGGUCAGAGUUUCAAAUUAGGGUUACUGUGAAGUGCGUAGGAGGGGUGGUGUUUCAAACUUGGGUUUUUAAACUAAUGUUGGGGCUUCAAAGAAGGGAGCCACCCCUCCAAAAUUGUUGGCGCCCCUCAGUUCCUCUGUCAUUGAAGCUGGCAUGAAGGUUAAAUCAGGUUUUGGGUCAAAUAAAUGGGGCAGACAGGCUAGUACAUUUUGUUUUGGGUACCGGCAGUUGAAGAUGAAACCAAGGUCUACCCCCCGUGUGUAGACAAGCUUUACCAACAAUCCAGCUCUCAAGUCUGGGUGAAAAAAGUUAUUUUUGGUGUAUCAAGAUGACUCUUUAUGGCAGUUCAAAUUGACUGGGACAGAGCCCACCCACAAUGAUUUCGUACUUUCAGUUCCUGGUUUAUAGAGUCUCAAGGGUUCCCACUGAAAAUGAAUGGGGAGGACAGGUGUUUUGUUUUGGGCACUGGGAGUAUGAAGGUAUUGAAGAUGAAUCCAACCUAUACACCCCCCUGACCUUUGGAAAAUCUCAUUGUUUUUGUUGUAUCUAGACUAGCCUUCAUUUUAGUGACUUUGAAAUGUUUGGGACAGAGCCCGCCACAAAAGCUGUUGGACCUUCAGGUUCUUGAGGUACUUUGUGCCGAGAGUGUGGAUUUAUUGGCUUUAGAAGUUUUGGACGCUGAGGAUGAAACCAAUCCCUUUUCCUGCCUCAAAUGCCGUCCCACCAGGGCAGUACAGUUCUGGCUCAAGUGACCAUGUUCAGCAGAGGCUAGUGGAAGACGGACAAAGCUCCUGUACGAGUGGCGAGAUGAUUAGCGAUUCGAACGAAGACCUCUGUCGGAAUGGUGGUUUCUGCUUGUGUAGCAAGUUAAUGACACAGUGGUUUAGCGAAGGUGUUGACGUGCCUUAAAGGGCAAGUGCAGGCUUUUCCAGGGAGGAAAUGGCAGUUUGGAUCCAGAUCAUACCAGCCUGAUUGGAUGAGAUGGGAAUUGUAGGUCUUAUCAAACUGAUCCCCUCACAGAACCCCUCACAUCACAAAGCCUAAAUAGCAUAAAUGUCAGCAGCAGCAGUUUAUGUAAAACAUGCAGAUACAAAUCCUCAUUUUUUUAGCAUGUUUAAGAUCACGUUCUGCUCAGAUUGUCGCCAUUCUACAGGGUGUCCUUAGAGCGUAUCAUUGACACGUGUGAAAUUGUUAUAUUUUAUUGCAUAGCAAAUACCUAAGUUUUAUGUAUGCCAAUAUUACCAGACAUAUGUAAAUUAUAUCCAAAUGAAGAAAAUAUAUCAUUUAUACUCCAGUCUCCAUUCAAAAAUUGGAUAUAAAUGCACAUUGGCCCAUGUGUCCAGACUUUAGGGAUACCGUGUAUCCCUACACUAAUUUGUCCACUUGGAUCAACGACAGACAUGCCGAAAAGUAGCAGGGCUCUUUCAGGUGCUUGUUGACGAAGCCUCCACAGGUCAAUGGUGCUCUCCCAGAUUUCUUGUACUUGAUUCUAACUUUUACCUGCAAGCCAGCCAAAGGACAUUUUUAUAUAUAAAUAUACUGUAAAUCACUAGAAAUACCUUCAUAUCUGGAUUAUACAUACACAUUUGACAGUGGAACCUUGGUUAGCAUCACCCAUCACUUCAUUCCAGAGGGUCGAACUCUAACAGAGACAGAUGCUAACCAAGUCAAUGAUGAAUGAAAGGGAUCAGUGAACAUUUCAGGUGACUCUUACCUUCCCUGAAGGUAACUUCCCUGUGUUCAGCCAGGUCGACCACCACCACCACCUUCCUGUUUUGACACAAGUUGUUUCUUGAAUUUGCAGGUGUUUCUCACCUCAAUGCUGAAACCCAAACUGGAGCCAAAGAAAGUUGCAAGUGGCAGCCUUUUCAUAAAGAAGGUGGGAAACACAAGUCAUAGCAAAACAGGAAGGUGGCGUCCGGGUGGCGUCUUUGGGAACAGUCACGUCUUCAGUAAUGGUAACCAGAAGUGUUUGUUUAUUUCUUUCAUUCCUCAUUCACGUCCAUUUGCAAUUGCUUUAUGCGUGUAAAAUGAUAAAACGAUAAAAAGGUGUUUUGCGAGUCAACUGCUGACGACACAGACAUGCAAUGUAACUUCCUGUUCUGGUUGCCAUUUUGUUUGGUUAGCUAAUAAGCUAAUAAGGAAGGACGUUUCGUGAUUCAGAUGGAGUCACGCAGUUAGCAAACACAGCUAACCAUGGCGGAUGCUAACCGGGGUUCCACUGUGUAUACAUAUAUUUCUAUGGGGGGGAUCUUUAUAAAUGGCCGAGUUUGUCACACACUGGAUUGAAAUGGUUGAUUGUAGAUGGCCUCGGGAGUCUACGUCAGGAUGAAGUAAAGGUUGAACAGGUGUUCCACUGGACUAUUUAAACAUGUUGUGAUGGGUGCUUCUCCAAGCUAAUCCCUCAAUGAGUGUUUUUUUUUUAUACGCUAGCCAAAAUAAGAGAAAGCAUUGUCGUCGUGUUUUUUUUUAAUUAUUCUUGUAGGGUUUUAUUUGCAGUUGACUUAAAAAGAAAAGAAACACUUUGAGAAUUUCUCACUGGGCUGGGCCUAAUCAUCGUUUUACCGCAUGGAGAGGAUUAUUCCCCCACGGGAUGUGAACAUCUAUGUGUCUUGUCUAUUACCAUGGCUGUGGAAAGACAAAAAAAGGAACAAAGACCAAAUAAAAUGUAACACUUUCUUUGCCUUUUAUGUUAUCGUUUACGACCGCUCAAUCGCUUGUUUAUUGAGGAUGUUUGGUAUGUAGCUUGUACUUGGUAGCUAAUCAAUGUACAGUACGUACUGCUAAAUGACUACUGAUUGUUACUAGGUAGUUACUAACUUGUAGUAAUACAAGUACAUCCUCCUGCGUCACAUCAUGGUUCCACGGCUUUACAAGCAUUUACUAAAUAUAUAGUCGUAUCAUGCAGUUUGGUGAUUAAAUACAGCCUAGUCUAGUCAAAAUAUAUGCAUAAAUAUUUAAAUUUUCUGGAUAUAUUAACCAUUUUCAUGUAUAAAAAUUGCUAAAUUAACUCUAAUGUGUUUGCCCCCUUGAUGAUGUUUUUUGCUGUUUUCAAUUGAAACUUUUAUUAUUAAGGAGGGACAAAAUCCAAAGCUACAAGGCCCUGUGUGAAAAAAAAAACAUAUGUAAAACAUAACUGAGAUGAAUUGAGAUCUAUCAGUGUGGAAAAUAUUAUAAAGACAUUUCUAAAGCUUUGGGACUCCAGCCAACCACAGUGAGAGCCAUUAUCCACAAAUGGCCAAAACAUGGACCAGUGGUGAACCUUCCCAGGAGUGGCCGGCCAACCAAAAUGACCCCAAGAGCGCAGCCACGACUCAUCCGAGAGGUCACAAAAGACCCCACAACAACAUCCAAAGAAGUGCAGGCCUCACUUGCCUCAGUUAAGGUCAGUGUUCAUGACUCCACCAUAAGAAAGACACUGGGCAAAAACGAGUUCCAAGACCAAAACCACUGCUGAACAAAAAGAACAAUAAGGCUGGUCCCCAAGAUCUGUGGGAAAAUACUCUGUGGUCUGACCAGGCAAAAGUUGAAUUUCCCAUUAC